GAGAGAUUGCAACCAUCCCACUGACAAAGUUGAUGGUCUGGUGAGCUCCAUGUGGAGCAAAAGGCUGGAGUGGCUGUCUAAAGCCUGGGAGAGAAAUCUGCCAAACAAACACCACAUCUGCUCAGCAAGAAGCGCGGCCAAAGGAUUCAUGUCCCUGCUCGCAUUUCUUGCCAUCUUUAUCGUGUCAGUGUGUGAUCCCAGGGGUUUUAUUGUCAUGUUGGACAAAGUUGUGUCGUUCUCUCUCAACACUGAAGUGGGACUGUUUGUCUUCAUCAUGCUGAGAGAAUCCAGAGAGGACAGAUUCCAACACCUCUCAGUCCCUCUGCCCGUGGGCGACUGCAUCUUCAGCCUCACUUGGCUGCUCCCCACCUACUUCCUGUUUGCGGUGACCUACGACGUCCUGCAGACGCUGGCAGACGUGGCUCAUUACCUGCAUUUCCACAGCCCCGGUCAGGAAGCACAUUACCAGAAUCUGAGCGGGAGCGUCCCAGCAGUCAAUGUCUCUGCGCUGCUCUAAUCCAAUGAUUCAAGAAACAAGAGAUGGACCACGAUGAGUUGAAGUUGCCAAAAAUCUGAUGCUU